AUGGCCUCUAGAUGCAUCCCCAGUCCCCUCAGUCUCCUCAGCCCUCCCCAGUCUCCUCAGUCCUUCCCAGUCCCCUCAGUCUCCUCAGUCCUUCCCAGUCUCCUCAGUCUCCUCAGUCCUUCCCAGUCUCCUCAGUCCUUCCCAGUCUCCUCAGUCUCCUCAGUCCUUCCCAGUCUCCUCAGUCUCCUCAGCCCUCCCCAGUCUCCUCAGUCCUUCCCAGUCUCCUCAGUCUCCUCAGCCCUCCCCAGUCUCCUCAGUCCUUCCCAGUCUCCUCAGUCUCCUCAGCCCUCCCCAGUCUCCUCAGUCCUUCCCAGUCUCCUCAGUCUCCUCAGUCUCCUCAGCCCUCCCCAGUCUCCUCAGCCCUCCCCAGUCUCCUCAGUCCUUCCCAGUCUCCUCAGUCUCCUCAGUCUCCUCAGUCCUUCCCAGUCUCCUCAGUCUCCUCAGCCCUCCCCAGUCUCCUCAGUCCUUCCCAGUCUCCUCAGUCUCCUCAGUCCUUCCCAGUCUCCUCAGUCUCCUCAGUCCUUCCCAGUCCUCUCCGGAGCCUCAUUGUCCAUCUGUUUAUUUCAAUCACACACUGCGACCUUCACCUUUGUACCCGACGACAUCACGUUUGACUUUUCACCUAAAACAGAAGGAGCUGAGAUCACACGGACCGCGACAGAACUGCCUUUAGACGAAGAAAAACAGCAACGUUCAUGUUUAUGA